CUUCUCGGGCCGCCUCGGCCCGGCUGCGCGCCCGGAGCCCUCGGGUUCGAGUCCGUGUCUUCACUUUGUGUCGGGGCUCCGGCCCUGGCCGGGGAGACCCCGGAACCCUGUCAAUGGCCGAGUGCUUCCUGCUUCCUAGUCCCCGCGGCGGCUUCAGAGCCAGUAGCGCGGUGCCGCUGCCUCCAUCGCCUGGGGACUCCGCUUGUGGAAACUGAGGCACACAGGGGUGGGGCAGCCGAAUGGGGAAGGAAAAGGAGUGGCAUUCUGCGGAGGAUUGUGGUUGGUGUCGAAACCGGACUUGUCUGGGGCUGGGGACUAAGAAAUCGGGUACAAAGUAAGAAAAUUAAAGUUCAAGACCAUGGGAGAUACAGCAAAACCUUACUUUAUGAAGCGCACUAAAGACCGUGGAAUUACUGAUGAUGAUGAUUUCAGAAGGGGUCAUCCCCAACAAGAUUAUUUAAUAAUGGAUGAUUAUGCUAAAGGCCAUAGCAAUAAAAUGGAAAAAGGCCUUCCAAAAAAAAAGAUAGCACCCGGGAACUAUGGGAAUGCCCCCAGGAAAGGACCAUAUGCUGUUUCCAGCAAUCCCUAUGCAUUUAAAAACCCAAUUUACAGUCAGCCUGCUUGGAUGAAUGACAACCACAAAGAUCAAAAUAAGAGAUGGCUACCUGAUGAACUUACUAGUAAUGCAGAUAGCUGGAGAGAGUUCAAGCCUGGACCUAGGAUUCCUACCAUCAGCCGGUCAAGGAAAGAAUCCUUUCAAGAAAGUGAAGAUUGCUACCGGUGGCCAGAGGGGAGAGGCUGCAGAGCAGUUAGACGGCUGUUUCAGAAGGACCUCACCAGCCUGGAAGCCAUGUCAGAAAUGGAAGCAGGAAGUCCAGAAACCAAGAAACAGCGGUCCAGACCUCGGAAGCCACGAAGGACUAGAAAUGAGGAAAGUGAGCAGGAUGGAGAGUUGGAAGGUCCUGUGAUCGAUGAGUCUGCACUUUCAACAAAGGAACUUCUGGGCUUGCAUCAGGCUGAGGAACGACUCAAGAGAGACUGCAUUGACAGGCUAAAAAGGCGACCACGAAGUUGCCCUACAGCCAAGUACACCUGCAAGCUGUGUGAUGCUCUGAUUGACUCCAUCCCAUUUGCUCAUAAGCACAUCAAGGAGAAGAGGCACAAGAAGAACCUCAAGGAAAAGCAGGAGGAAGAGCUGCUCACCACGCUGCCCCCGCCAGCGCCCUCCCAGAUCAGUGCAGUUGGCAGCGCCAUUGACAAAGUGGUGCAGGAGUUUGGUUUGCACAGUGAAAACUUGGAUCAGAGACUAGAAAUUAAGCAUGUCAUGGAAAGUGUGUUCCAGCACAAACUACCAGACUGUUCUCUUAGGCUGUAUGGAUCUUCCUGUAGCAGACUCGGCUUCAGAGACUCAGAUGUGAACAUUGAUGUUCAGUUUCCAGCAAUCAUGUCUCAGCCAGAUGUCCUCUUACUUGUUCAAGAAUGUUUAAAGAACAGUGACUCCUUCACUGAUGUUGAUGCUGACUUCCAUGCCCGGGUGCCCGUGGUACUGUGCAGAGAUAAGCAAAGUGGUCUUCUUUGUAAAGUGAGCGCAGGAAAUGAAAACGCUUAUCUGACCACAAAGCAUUUAACGGCUCUUGGAAAACUAGAGCCGAGGCUGGUCCCUCUGGUGAUUGCAUUUAGACACUGGGCAAAGCUUUGUAGCAUCGAUCGCCCUGAAGAAGGAGGCCUGCCGCCAUAUGUGUUUGCUCUGAUGGCCGUUUUCUUUCUUCAGCAAAGGAAAGAACCUCUCUUGCCAGUUUAUCUAGGAUCAUGGAUUGAAGAAUUCUCCUUAAACAAAUUAGGGAAUUUCAACCUUAAAGACAUUGAGAAGGACUCUGUGGUCUGGGAGUACACCGGUGACACCACAGGGAGUGCCAGCACCACCAAAGAGGAGGCACCCGGAGAGACUGCAGCGAAGAAGGGGCAGGUUCCAUUGACAUUUAAUAUAAAACACGAGCCUUCAGUGCCAGUUGGGCAACUCUGGGUGGAAUUGCUACGGUUCUAUGCUUUAGAGUUUAAUCUGGCUGAUUUAGUGAUCAGUAUUCGUGUCAAAGAAUUGAUAUCCCGGGAAUCCAAGGACUGGCCCAAAAAGCGCAUCGCUAUUGAAGACCCCUAUUCUGUUAAAAGAAAUGUGGCAAGGACCCUGAAUAACCAACCUGUGUUUGAGUAUAUACUUCAUUGUUUGAGGACAACAUACAAAUACUUCGCUCUCCCACACAGAGUUACAAAACCCAACCUCACAAAGCCUCCUGGCCCCAUUACCCAUGUUUCAGACCCAUAUAAAGAAGCAAGAAGUUGUGGCCCAAAGCUCCAAGAGGCAGAUACUGAUAAACUGGGAAAAGCAGCUGUGGCUCAAGGUCCUGGUGUUCCCACCUCAGGUUCCUGCAAGGCACAACCGCUUACUCUUAAAGAUACCACUAAGCUGCUGGGAAGCCCACCAAAGGAGGAAAUAGGAAGUGUGCACAUUCAAAUACACCAGGAAAGCUCUGAUUAUGUCCAAGCAGAGGUCAGUUGCGAGGGUUGUGAGGAUGCCGCAGCACAGCAUCAAGAAACAGGAAGUGACAACGAGGAAGUCAGAAGGCAGGCCAGGCAUCUUUUGAGCUCUGAUGAUCAAGAUUUAAGCAGCAGCAAGCAUCCAGAACUUAAGAACUAUGGCAGCCUUUGUGGUCUCCAAGCAGACAACACUCUGGAGUUGGUAGGGCUCCGGAGCCCUGGCACUGAAGAGUGUGGCAGCUGUGCCUCCUCGGAUGACAAGGCUGAUGUCAAUGAAGAAAACACAGAAGGGUCUCUGAAUUGCUUCUCCCCUCUAGUCCCGGGCCAGGCAUCAGCAGUCAUGCACUUUGAUGACGACGAGGAUGAGGAUGAGGAGCCCAGGCUCAGUAUGAACCACACAGAAGAUGAGGAGGAGCUUGUUAGUGAACAUCAGGGGGAUAACAGACACAUUGGGUCAGGGGAGGAGGAUGCCCUUUCUGAAGAGGAUGACUUAGCUGAGCCUGCUAAGGGUGAAGAUCUAGAAGAGUCUGAAGAACACAUGGGUGGGACUCUGCUCAUAGACCUAAACAGAAUAAGUCUUAAUGAAAAAAGCUUUCCUGAGGAAAAUUCACCCAGGGACCAGUCGGACUUCUUCUAUGAAUUUAGAAAACUGACCUUCACCAAAGGCAAGUCUCCCACAGUGGUGUGCAGCUUGUGUAAACGUGAAGGUCAUCUAAAGAAGGACUGUCCUGAGGACUUCAAGAGAAUCCAACUGGAACCUUUGCCACCACUGACACCCAAGUUCUCAAAUAUCUUAGAUCAAGUUUGCAUCCAGUGUUACAAGGAUUUUUCUCCAACUCUUGUUGAAGAUCAGGCUCGUGAACAUAUCCGGCAAAAUCUAGAAAGUUUCAUAAAACAGGACUUUCCAGGAACUAAAUUGAGCUUGUUUGGCUCCUCCAAAAAUGGAUUUGGGUUCAAACAGAGUGACCUUGACGUCUGUAUGACAAUUAACGGACAUGAGACUGCUGAGGGGUUGGACUGUGUAAGAACUAUUGAGGAGCUGGCAAGAGUCCUCAGAAAACAUUCAGGGUUGAGGAACAUCCUGCCCAUUACAACAGCAAAGGUGCCCAUCGUGAAGUUCUUCCACCUAAGAAGUGGGCUAGAGGUAGACAUCAGCUUGUAUAACACACUGGCUCUUCAUAACACAAGACUCUUGUCUGCAUACUCAGCCAUUGACCCCAGAGUGAAGUAUUUGUGCUACACCAUGAAAGUGUUCACAAAGAUGUGUGACAUCGGUGAUGCGUCCAGAGGCAGCUUGUCAUCCUACGCCUACACUCUUAUGGUGCUAUAUUUCCUUCAGCAAAGGUCUCCACCUGUCAUCCCUGUGCUUCAAGAGAUAUACAAAGGUGAAAAGAAACCGGAAAUACUUGUUGAUGGCUGGAAUAUUUACUUUUUUGAUCAAAUAGAUGAACUGCCCACUUGUUGGCCAGAAUAUGGAAAAAAUACAGAAUCUGUUGGGCAGCUGUGGUUGGGACUUCUCCGAUUCUAUACAGAGGAGUUUGAUUUUAAGGAGCAUGUAAUCAGCAUCAGAAGAAAAGGUCUGCUUACAACUUUUAAGAAACAGUGGACCUCAAAAUACAUCGUUAUUGAAGAUCCCUUUGAUUUGAAUCAUAAUCUUGGUGCUGGAUUAUCAAGGAAAAUGACAAAUUUUAUAAUGAAAGCUUUUAUCAAUGGUAGAAGAGUAUUUGGAAUUCCAGUCAAAGGAUUUCCAAAGGACUACCCCUCAAAAAUGGAAUACUUCUUUGAUCCGGAUGUCCUAACUGAGGGAGAACUGGCUCCGAAUGACAGGUGUUGCCGAAUUUGUGGAAAAAUUGGACACUUCAUGAAGGACUGUCCCAUGAGGAGAAAAGUGAGGCGACGGCGAGACCAGGAAGAUACCCCAAACCAAAGAUACUCUGAGAGCAAAGAAAAAAGAAGCAAAGAGGACAAAGAAAUUCAGAACAAGUACACAGAGAAGGAAGUGUCAACAAAAGAAGAUAAGCCCACACAGUGCACAGCUACGAAAUCAAAGCUGACCCCCUCAGCUGUGAACAAGAUAAAACAGCUUCUUAAAGACAAGCCAGAGCAUGUGGGUCUGAAAGUUGGUGUGCGAACCAGGGGCUGUAAUGGCCUCUCUUACACCCUAGAGUAUACAAAGACAAAAGGAGAUUCUGAUGAAGAAGUUAUUCAAGAUGGAGUCAGAGUGUUCAUCGAAAAGAAAGCACAGUUAACACUUUUAGGAACAGAAAUGGACUAUGUGGAAGACAAACUGUCCAGUGAGUUUGUUUUCAAUAACCCCAACAUCAAAGGGACUUGUGGCUGUGGUGAAAGCUUUAACAUUUGAAACCUCAGGACUCCAAGCUCCGGGAGAGCCGGGAUCUACCUGGGAGCUCACUGAAGAGAUCAUGUGAUUGUCAUGUGCUCAGAAUUUAUAAUGUGUGGCCACCUCAUGUGGAAAAAUAAAGUGAUGCAUUUUGGAAAUCAAGCCAGUGUGCUAAGAGUCCCGAAAACUUGGUAUCUGUAUUGUCUGUAAAGCACAGAAACUGAGAAGCCAUUGGUUUCUUUGAGUCGUCUGUUCUGUACAGAAAACUCUUACCCAGCUCUUAACACUGUAGCAUUUGUGCUAGAACCAGCUUCCUGGCCAUUGCUUUGCUGGGAGCUGAGGAAACAGAUAACAGGUGUAUCCCCAUAGAUCCUACUGAAUGGCUUGAGACUCCGCCUGCUGGGUCCUUUCUCAACCUUUUGCCAACUCCUAAUCUCAGAGUCAGGACAACUAUGAGUAACAGCAUGGUGGUACCCCAUUUCCCUCUCACGUUUGCCAUGGCCUUUUGCAUUUUAUUAGAAAUAUGAUGGUCGGAUGCUUCAUUUGCCCACUCAACAGUUCCAGACUUCUGAGUGAUGGUGUCAGAAGGUGGGAGCUGCCAGACCUGGUCUCAGUCCAUCCCCUAGGGCAUGCUUCAAGAUGGUUGGCUUAGACCUUUCAACUGGAAGCUCUUGUGACAAGCAACCAGCUAGUAGCUCACAGCACCUAACUGUGUGUAUGAAGACUAGGUCUGAGUACAGGUUAGAAGAGCUGGGACCGGACGCAGCUCUCCCUUCCUCACAGGUGACACCAGUGCUGUAUGAGACACUCAGUGGAGGUGAGUGCUGGCCUGGCUUCAUGCCUGGCCAGCAUUUUCAUAAGACUCUCUUAAUUUAUGGAGAUUGCAUUGGUUUUCUUUUGAAUGGAAAAGUCUUAGUUAAACCCUUUUGUAUGAAUUGCUACCUUGUUUGUUUAGAACUUUGAAACAAUAGUUUCUUACAGAGAUCCUGCAACAAUGGAAUUACUCUUGGAGCACAGGACCUAUGGAGCAGAACAUGGAGGUGUCUUCUUAGAGUUCCCAAUAUGCAUAUACUUGCUGGUUCCUAAAUGAAAUUGCUGAAUUUUUAGUAUUUUUAUCACCAGUUUUUUGAGUCGUGAUUUCACGACCCUCCUGCUUCAGCUUUCUGAGACAUGUGCUACCACACCUGAUCCCAAGUUCUUCUUCAAAGUGAUCUUGACUUGACUUGUGUUGGACAUCUUAAGUAACCUGUGAGUUCUUUUGUGGGAGGCUGAUUUUCAUGAAGUAGCUGAGUUUAAUAUUUGCGCUGUUUACUAAAGUACCUAACACCAAAAUGCACCAACUUGUAGUUUUAUGAUUGUUGAUGAGUUUGUAUCAUAAAUAGAAUUGUUGAUACAUCUUUAAUUUGUGCAAUAUUGUAUGUAGAGAUUGAGUAUCAAUUAAAAAACACAACUCCUUGUGGUCCUAA